UACCGCUUUUUAGAGACAUGUAGACCAAAAAUGAGAGCGCAUUUAUAUAUUAUCGUAAUAUAUACAACCAUUUUAUGUACAACAUCUUACACAAACAUUGGAGAUGAUGAAAAGUUCUCGAUAUACGGUAAAAGAAAUCUUAAUGAAAUUAAUAACGAAAAUGUGGACAAACAUUUCAAAUAUCAUGGAAAAAUAAUACAAGAUCUUAAAGACGCGAAAAUUGCGAAAAUAAAGGCGGAAGUGUUGAAAAGAUCAAAGAAUUAUGAAAAACCGCUGAAUAUGGUUGACGACAUUGGAAAAGUUGUAAAAAAUCCCGACUCAGAAAAGUACCACAGAGAUCCCGUUUUGAACUACAUGAAGAGAAGUAACUUACGAAGGGCAAGACGGGACUCUUCUGAUUUUGAGACUAGCGACACUUCUAGUUCAAGUUUGGAGUUACCGAAUUGGAAGGAUGAGUGGAAACAGCACUGGUUGCAGAAAAAGCUAGAAGCGAUCAAUUCUUCUAUGCCUAAAGGCGAUAUGGUUAAUAUGGUUGCUGCAAGACCAUGGGGCGUGCCGUGUGGAGAUCCAAACCAGCACGAUGCGCCAUGGGGAACUUGCAUGUUACCAAUGGAAUGUGAGGCGGAAUACAGAAUAUACAGAGGAGAUUACUUCUGUGGCCGUACUAAGUUCAUUUGCUGUGCUCUGCAAGUUACAAAUUAUGACUUAUAUGGAGGUUUCGAUGUUUCUUUCGCCGAUUCCAGCUUAGAGACAGACUCAGAAGAAAAAAAGAAUAGAGAUCGAGGAUCUAAAGAAAGGAAGCGGCGAAAGAGGGCUAAGGAAAGGCGACAAAGAUUGAGAGACAGGUUGAAGCGUAAACGAAAAAUAAAGAGGACCAUUAGGAAGAUAACAAGGGAAAUAAGGAAGAUCUUAAACAGGUCGUUCAGGAAUGGUACCACAGCGAGGAAAAAGAAGACUAAACAACUCAAGAAGUUUAUCAAAGAGCUAAAGCAUCGUUACAUGAAGGAAAGGAAAACGGUGAAAGACAUUCAUGAAAUGGAGCUUAUUAAAAUUGAUGCUGCGUUACAGAAGCGACUGAAUGAGAUACGAGGCCUCAACCAAGAGUACGUGAAAAACCAAACGUUUAGAGAUGUGAUCAUAAAUGGUUCGAUAAGCAGACAUAAUAUGAAUAUGUUGAUGAAAGCGCAUCCUGAGUUAGCCAAUGUGUUAAAUACAAGGCGCAGUGGGAAUGUUAGAAGCCCCCAGGAUUACUUGGAGUACGAUAUAGAAUAUGGAUAUCUGUAUUACUGA